CACGUUGCAAAGAGAGAACUCUUUAUACAAAAUCGUGUUCUUCUUCUUCUUCUUCCUUCCGCAGAUUCAGACAGAUAGAAGAAAAAAAAUGGCGAAGCCCUUAUUCAUUGCUCUAACUAUCUUCCUUUUCAUCUUCAAUCUCGUCCCUUCUUACGCACUCUACGGUUCUUCCUCCCCCGUUCUUCAGCUCACUCCUGCCAACUUCAAUAAAAAGGUUUUGAAUUCAAAUGGAGUUGUUCUUGUUGAAUUCUUUGCUCCUUGGUGUGGACACUGUAAGGCUCUGACUCCUAUAUGGGAGAAGGCAGCUACUGUAUUAAAGGGUGUGGUUACUGUGGCAGCACUUGACGCUGAUGCUCACCAGGCUCUGGCUCAGGAAUAUGGUAUUAAAGGAUUUCCAACUAUUAAAGUGUUUGCACCUGGAAAACCACCAGUAGAUUACCAAGGAGCCAGAGAUGUCAAACCCAUCGCUGAAUUUGCACUUCAACAGGUAAAGGUUCUUUUGAAGGAACGAUUAAGUGGAAAAGCAACAGGGGGAUCAAAUGAGAAAAAGGAAACCAGUACUUCUUCGGUAGAAUUGAACUCUAGUAACUUUGAUGAAUUGGUUAUCAAAAGCAAAGAACUUUGGAUUGUAGAAUUUUUCGCACCUUGGUGUGGACAUUGUAAAAAAUUAGCUCCUGAGUGGAAAAGAGCGUCAAAUAAUUUGAAAGGGAAGGUUAAACUCGGUCAUGUUGAUUGUGAUGCUGAUAAGUCUCUAAUGAGCAGGUUCAAUGUUCAAGGAUUCCCAACAAUAUUGGUAUUUGGAGCAGAUAAAGAUACUCCAGUUCCUUAUGAGGGUGCAAGAACUGCCUCAGCUAUCGAAUCAUUCGCAUUGGAGCAGCUCGAAACAAAUGUUGCCCCACCAGAAGUGACAGAGCUAUAUAGUGCAGAUAUUUUGGAAGAGAAAUGUGGUUCUGCAGCUAUCUGUUUUGUUGCCUUCCUUCCCGACAUUUUGGAUUCCAAGGCUGAGGGGAGGAACAAGUACCUUCAACAGUUAUUAACAGUUGCAGAGAAGUUUAAAAGGAGUCCUUACAGCUACGUGUGGGUAGCCGCUGGUAAGCAGCCAGAUCUUGAGCAGAAUGUUGGUGUUGGUGGGUAUGGUUAUCCAGCUUUAGUGGCCUUGAACAUUAAGAAAGCUGUUUAUGCUCCUCUCAAGAGUGCUUUUGAACUUGACCAAAUUAUAGAAUUUGUGAAAGAAGCUGGACGCGGUGGCAAAGGAAACUUGCCCUUGGGAGGUACUCCUACCAUUGUAAAGACAGAACCAUGGGAUGGAAAAGAUGGAGAAAUAAUUGAAGAGGAUGAGUUUUCUCUUGAAGAACUCAUGGGAGAAGAUGCCUCAAGCAAAGAUGAACUAUAAUGAAUCAGAAAGGGAAUGAUACGAAAUUAGUGUUUGUCAUUACCAAUUUUAUGCUAUAGGAAAUGAUAAUAUGUAGAAUAUUUAAAGAGAAAUGUGUAACUUAUGAUGAUUGACUAGCUGUUUUUGGGUUUUUUAGUGAUGAGUGAUCUUUUGAGGAACAUCAUUUGUCAUUCAGUGGUACAACAUUUGUGAGGAAAAUGUUAACCAUGUUUUGAUAUUUUCUGUCUCAUUAAUGAUCAAUUGAACAUUAGUUAACCAA